CGUUUUAUUUGUAAUUCCUGCCAAGAUUUGGACAACACAUUUUUCCCAGACUCCGGGAACGGCUAAAUAAUACGAAAACUUUGGUGGUCCUUAACAACCUCAACAACAAGAGAGGUGAGGUUUAUCACGUCCUCUCUCAGAAGUUAUUGUGUUGAGUGAUUGUUAUGGCGAGAUAGAUAUUCACAAUGACGUCCUCACAGUUUACGAGUGGUAAGGAAUUACUCAGUGCACGGAGUCGUGAUCAGACCUUGCCUGUGAUGGGAGAGAAGCUGACAGAAGCCAGUGGUUCAGAGUUUGAAAAUAAUCAGGCUGCUCGACUUUCUGAACAUCACAAGUUACUGGCAGAACCAAAGUUUACCAGAAGAGACCAGUUGGCCAUUGGGGAAUGGUUGGCAGAGUCAAGAAUGGUUCGAGUUGCUCAUGAAACUGGCAAAUUUUGGCAGUACAUGGGAGCAGAGACUGAUAUAGGCAAGUGCCUGUAUCCUGAGGAAGCAUUGUAUCUCAUCGAUACAGGUGAGUUGGAGGUGCAAUUUGGAGGUAUUCCAUUGAGCGUACAACAAGCUCAAAUGAUUAUGCUGCAAGAUCCUCACCAUUUAGAUCAGUACUAUGUAUAUGCUCAUCUUUCACGCUGUGGUUGCAAAGUGGUUCGUCAUCAGACCCAUCUUGUAUUUUCACGCUAUGAAAAACAAAUCAGAUUAGAUAAACAUCAGCUUAGUAAAAAGGGACCAAAAUUGAAUUUGAAAGUUAAAGAGAGUUCAAAUAAUAAUCAGAAGAAUGUAAAGCUAGAUGGAACAAAAGAAGAGUUUCUGGAUGAUGCUAUGAAAGUAUUUUAUGCAACCCUGGGAAAAACUGCAGAAAAUUCUUGCAGGUUAGAGAAGAAUGAAGUUGUGAAUUUAUCUGAUACAGAAAAACUAACAUCUGGCAGGAAGAAAAGAAGUUUUGAGGAUAAAGAAAAACACAAACAUGAAGAGGAAUUCAGUCCAUAUGAGAAGAAACGCAGGGAAUUAUUAGAUAUGUUACCAACUAUGUUUAGGGAAAAAGUUAAAAUUGUUCAUGUUGAGCAAAAAGAAUUACUUCCUGCAAACAGCAUUCCACACAAAGAGCUAUAUGAAAUUAAUUUAGAAGGUCUCAAUUAUUAUAGCUUGUAUGAUGAUACCCCACACAGAUGGCAAAACAACUCUGAAAAAAAAUUUAAUAAUUGGAAAAGAAAAAGAAAUUGGGGUGAGGAAAGAUGGAAAAAACCUAAUAUGCAUUCCUGGCAACCCCAUGAUAAUGUAUCACACUCAAGGAAUUGGCAACAAGAUUGUGACAAUUUCAGAUCACAGUGGGAGAGAGAGAGCUGGAAAAAUAAAAAGAUUAGGAAUAAUGAUAAUUAUGAAAGAGAGGGGCAGUGGGAUAACAGUGAAGAUAGGGGUAUAAUGAAUAGGCAUGAUAGAGAUUAUGGAAGGGAAAGUCAAAAAUUUGGCCACUAUGAAAGAAGAGAACAACAGUGGCAACAAAGUGAUAAUUGGAGGGCAUGUCCAUCUUGCUAUGAUGAUUGCCAGGGGAAUGUAUGCCAUAGAAAUGUGCAGUCAGGUUGUCAGGAUGCUUUCUACCAUGUUGGUUCUAAUGAAAAAGGCUAUAAUGGUCCCAAUGAAUGUGUCAUUGAUUAUACCAAAACUCCAGAAUGGAAAACCAGGAGACGCAGGUGGAAGAAAAAUGAAGUGCCCCUCUAUCCAAGCUACAUGGUUAGGUUGCACACCAAGGUGCACUCCUGGAAAGAAUAUAAGAAAAUUGUGAGUGAAAUGUCUGCGGAGAAACUGUUAGCUAAUGGGCCUUGCCGCAUACUUUGGAAUGGUCAUACCACUCCACUCAUCAAACCUGCUAAGACCACCUCUACAAAGUCACUGUUGUCUGCAUGCAGCAUCAUUGAUGAAAAUCAAGAUAUAAGCACAGACAUAAAGAAGCUGCCUCAGGAAUCACAUUUGAUGGUUCACUAUGAUGUCUAUCUCCCCACUGUACCUUACAAAAAAUCUAACCCAGGCAUGCCAAGCAAGAGAAUCACAGUCAUGAGGGAAAGGUGUAUGCCAUCUCCUGGGCAGAUCUUGGAAGUCAGCACAAGGUUUCAUGAUGAUGUACCUGUAGUGAGUGCAGUGGUGGUGUGUGGAGAGGUGCGACUCUACACCCUGACUCCUCUUUCACUUCCUCAACCUAAUCAUUCAAGAUAAAGCCAAGCUCAGUAGCAUAAGAUAUUUUUUAUUAGACACGUAGAGUACUCUAAUAUUACUGAAAUGUAGCAUUAUUUUUAUAUUUUUAAAAUUUAAGAUUUUUCAACUCUCAUGUAAACUGAUUAUCCAUUUAGCAUUUUUAUGAAUUGAAGGAGUACUUAAACUAUUUAGUUUAAGUACUAUUUGAGUUUAAGGAUAUGAGCUCCAGCCUUUGGUUCCACUUAUUAGAAAUAUAUUUUUCAUUAGGUAUGGAAAAUGAGAAAAAAUAAAUACAAAGUAGACUGGAUUAUGAAAGUGUAAAUUAUGAGGAUCUAGAUUUGUAACCAUAAUGAAAUUACAGUAAAUAUAUUAAGGGAGUAAUAUCAGUGAAAAAUAAUUUUUUUUUUUUUUUGUAAUAUAUGCAUUAUAUAACAGUGGUAUUGAAUAGUCCAUCCCAGUGAAGAGAGGAUACAAAAUAUAAAAGAAUGGUUCAAUGCAGGGUGCUGGAAAGCCAUGCAAGAGGAAAAAAAAUAAAAUAGGUGAAAAGCCCUCACCUACAGUAUUGUGCAGAUUAAUUGGGACAGGAGUAAAUUUUGUGAUUAUCUCAUAAUGUCUUAAUCUCUGACUGAAUUAAUGUAGUUUGGGUUCUUUAAUUUUCAGAACAGUUUGCUACUGACUUCUGGCAACCCUCCAGCUGUGGUGUUACCCUGUGACUUGUCAAUGCUACAACAGCUGUUGUUAUGUAAGGCUAUUCCUGUAAGCAUGCUUCAUGGGUGAUUGUGGUUUCGCCAAAUUCUUCCCUUCAGUUCAUGAUUACUGCAGAAAUUCAUGAUGGAUGUUACACUUAGGAGGUAUGCAAGUAUUGUAGCUCUUAGAAAACAUACCUGAUUUGAGUAUCAGACAGAUUACCAAAAAUUUGAGCCUAGCAAAGUCAGCUGUUGGUCGAAUUCUAAAAAGAGCUUACGACAGUCGUGAUUGUGGAGUGCUGUGUUGAGGAAGAUUGUGGAAGAAAAUGCGAGACAACACCUCAUGAUGACAAGGUUAUUGCACUCAAUCAUAAGGGAUGGAUAACAAAUGAAUGGAGAAAAGUUAUUUUCAGAUGAGGCACAUUUUGAAGUACAUGGGUACAGAUCAGUGGUAGUGAGACAGAGCAAAAGUGAAUCUCUUCAGACUGGACACAUUCAACAAGUGCCAAAAACCCACCUAAGAAGAUGUUUUGGGGUAGUUUUACUACUAAAGGCCCUGGAUGGCUUUGUUAUUGCUGAGGGAAUGAUGAGCAAAUACAAAGCAAUCCUGGCAACUCAUUUGCUUUCCAAUGUGGAUAGAGACUUUCCUGACGGAGAAGGCAUUUUCCAGCAGGAACUUGAUCCAUGACAUGCUUCCAGAAAAAUGCUGACAUUCUUCAAAGAGAGUGCGCUAAGCAUUCUAAAUUGGCCUGGAAGCUCUCCUGAUGUCAUCCCAAUUGAGAAUCUGUGGGCAAUAAGCAAAUGCAGGAUUGCAAAACAGGACUAUUCAACUAUGGAGAAGCUAAUUGCUGUUGUUAUUAGGACCUGGUACGACGAUGAAGAACUUGCCAAAAUGUGUUCAACGUAUGUUGAUUCUAUGCCAAAACGUAUAGCAAUGUUUAUAAGAACAUAAGAAAGAAGGAACAUUGCAACAGGCCUACUGGCCUAUGCGAGGCAGGUCUAAUUCUCCUACCGGCUUAAGCCCACUGACCUAGUGACCUUAAGCUCACUGACCGUCUGAUCUCGCUGACCUAGUGAGGUCAAACACAUCACUUAAAGGAGGAGCACAGCAUUUGACCUAGUAGCGCAAGCUAGUUAGGUCCAACUCACACCCAUCCACACCCACUCAUGUAU